CCUCUCGCGCCUCCCCAACGGAUAGUGGAUAACGCUUGCAGAUAUCAACACUCACCAAGCAAUGGCGACCUCUUCGACAACCCACUUGGUAUCUUUCUUCUCUUCCUCUAUCUUUCUCACUUCUCCCAACCAAAACCCUAAAUUCCUCUCUAUCUCAGACCCCAAUUCUCUGAAAGCCGUAAGGCCACUAUCUCACUCCAGACCCUCAAUCACAGAGUUUGCUAAGACCCUAGUAAUUCGUUCCGAAGUUGCGACCCUUCCGGUAAUCUCAUUUGAUGGCGAGAAGAUCGGAGAAACGUAUCUCGACCUCAAAUCGGCUCCACUGGAGACCGCCCGUGCCGUUGUCCAUAGAGGGAUCAUCACUGAUCUACAGAACAAGCGAAGAGGAACUGCUUCGACUCUAACGAGAGGAGAAGUCCGUGGAGGUGGAAAGAAACCAUACCCGCAGAAGAAGACUGGCCGCGCAAGGCGAGGAUCCCAGCGAACUCCACUCCGGCCAGGUGGAGGUGUUAUUUUUGGUCCCAAGCCGAGAGAUUGGAGCGUCAAAAUUAAUCGGAAGGAGAAGAGAUUGGCGAUAUCCACUGCUUUGUCAAGCGCAGCGGUGAAUAUGAUAGUUGUAGAGGAUUUCUCCGAUAAAUUUGACAAGCCCAAAACCAAGGAAUUUAUUGCAGCAAUGAAGAGAUGGGGGGUCGAUCCCAAGGAGAAGUCGAUGUUCUUGUUUAUGGAAGUGUCGGACAAUGUGAAGUUGUCGAGUCGAAAUAUUGGGACAUUGAGAUUGCUGACGCCUAGGACCCUGAACCUGUUUGAUAUCUUGAACUCUGAUAAGCUAGUGCUUACAAAGCCGGCCAUUGAGUAUCUGAACAGAAUGUAUGGGAUUGAUUACGAGGGAGGUGAAGCCGAGGAUGAGGACGAAGAAGAACAGGAGGAAGACGAAGAAAUUGAAGCAGAUGAAAGUUCCAAGGUGGCAGAGUGACGAUGUACAUUUCCCUGAUGACCUUCUUCCUUAAAGUCUUCUACUACAUCCAUCUGAUUCAGUGAUUGAUAGAGGGAUUUCCGGCUGUAUCAUGAUCAGCAGCCAUUUUUAUGUUUCAGGCUGUAACGAUUCUACAUUACAAGUUGAUUUUGUUGUUGUCUUUGUUCAUUUCCUUUGUAAUUUUAGCUCAUUACUCCUA